AUGAGAGAAGAAUAUGAGAAAGUGAAAGAAUCUAUAAAAGAGAUUGCACAAAAACACACGGCGCCUGAGAAUUUAAUAAAAAGAAUAGAUACAACAUUUGAAUAUAAAAUUAUGCGUUCAAUGAAAGCAAGAAAUAAUGACAACAGUGCCGUAAAAGAAAAACGUGUGGCCCUACUGCUGAGGUUACUGUUUCAAGUAAGUGCUAUUGUAUUUUUCAUCAUAGGUAUUAUGUUGGUAGAUUAUUACGAGCUUAAAUUAAAUAAACUUAAAAAGAUGAAUAGAGUUUUUGAAAAAUUUAAUGCUCAUCACGUAUUACCAUAA